UGCUAAUGCUGAGAGUGGAGAGAGAGGCAGAGACACAGAGAGCAGGGAGAGUCUGCAAGCAGCAACACACACACAACCACAUUGGGAUUACACUGCGCUGCAUAAAAGGGAUUAUUCACCAGGAAAAUGUAAAGGCAAAGCAGAAAUAUUUCACCAGACUUGAAUCCAAUCUGAAGACGCAUAGUUACUCUGGGACGGGCUUCGGCUUCCAGGCCAGCAUUAAAUGUCAUUGCCAAGGAUGCUGUUACCUACUCACUUGAUGAUGCCAGCUUUAGUCUUCUUCAUGGCUUUGCUGUCCUCGGCCGUGUCUGACACCAUGAUUGAAGCCCCUCCAAGAUUCAUGAAAGUACCCAGUGACCAGAUUGGUGUUUCAGGAGGAGUGGCUUCAUUCAUCUGCCAGGCAACAGGAAGCCCAAAGCCACGGGUUACCUGGAACAAAAAGGGAAAGCGAGUCAGCUCGCAGCGUUUUGAGGUGAUUGAGUUUGAUGAAGGCGCUGGAGCGGUCCUAAGAAUACAGCCCUUGCGGACUCCCAGGGAUGAGGCAGUUUACGAGUGUCAAGCAACCAACGCAAUUGACGAUGUGACCGUCACGGCAAAGCUCACUGUGCUAAGAGAGGACCAGUUGCCCUCGGGCUUCCCCAACAUCGACAUGGGCCCGCAGCUGAAGGUGGUGGAGCGAACACGCACGGCUACCAUGCUGUGUGCAGCCAGUGGCAACCCAGACCCCGAGAUCACCUGGUUCAAAGACUUCCUGCCUGUCGACCCCAGCUCCAGCUCGCGCAUCAAACAGUUGCGGUCAGAGUCCUUUGGUGGUACCCCGAUACGAGGUGCUCUGCAGAUCGAGAACAGCGAAGAAACUGACCAGGGGAAAUAUGAAUGUGUGGCGUCGAACAACGCUGGGGUGCGGUACUCUCCUCCCGCUAAUCUAUACGUGAGAGAGCUACGAGAAGUUCGACGCGUUCCACCUAGGUUCUCCAUCAGCCCUCCGUUCAGCCAAGAGAUUGUGCCUGGUGGGAGCGUGAAUAUCACUUGUGUUGCCGUGGGCUCCCCCAUGCCUUAUGUGAAGUGGAUGCUGGGAAGUGAAGACCUGACCCCAGAGGAUGACAUGCCUGUUGGCCGCAAUGUUCUAGAGCUUAGCGGUAUCCAAGAGUCCGCUAAUUACACCUGUGUGGCGAUGUCUAGUCUUGGGAUAAUCAAAACAAUGUCACAGAUUAUCGUUAAAGCACUGCCGAAGCCCCCUGGAACUCCAAUCGUGGUGGAGACCACCGCCACCAGUGUGACAUUAUCAUGGGAUUCUGGCAACCCUGACCACAUCAACUACUACAUUAUUGAAUACAGACCCAAGAGCAUAGACGUGCUCUACCAGACCAUCGAUGGCAUCCAGACCCUGCGUUACAGCAUUGGUGGACUGAGCCCGUACUCUGACUACGAGUUUAAAAUCUCUGCUGUCAAUUCCAUCGGUCAGGGUCCACCCAGUGAGACGGUGGAGACACGGACUGGUGAGCAGGUGCCAUCUAGCCCCCCGAGGAGCGUUCAGGCUCGGAUGUUGAGCGCCACCACCAUGCUGAUUCAAUGGGAGGAGCCCGAGGAGCCGAACGGCGAGAUCCGAGGGUACCGGGUGUACUACACUAUGGAGCCCAUGCAGCCCGUCAACAACUGGCAAAAGCACAACCUGGAUGACAGCCUCCUCACCACCGUGGCCAACCUGAUACCACAGACAACCUACAGCGUCAAGGUCUUGGCUUUCACCUCUGUUGGGGACGGUCCACUCUCAUCCGAGAUUCAGGUCAAAACUCAGCAGGGAGUUCCUGGGCAACCAAUCAACUUUGAAGCCACCCCUAAAUCUGAGACAACUAUUGAACUGCAGUGGACCGCACCCAGACAAGAUGAAAUCAUCAGUUAUGAGCUGUACUAUCGCGAUGAUGACCAGGGGAAGAAGGAAGUGGUAAGCUUUAAGCCUAGCACGACACACAUUGUGACCGAACUCCACCCCAACACUCUGUACUACUUCCGGUUGGCUGCACAUUCCUCACACGGCCUUGGCGCUUACACCUCCGAGAUCUCUGCCCGCACUCUUCAGGCCAAACCAUCCGCCCCUCCUCAAAAUGUAAAGUGCACCAGUCCCAGUUCCACCAGCAUUCUGGUAAGUUGGUGGCCACCACCACCAGAGAGUCAAAAUGGCGACCUGGCAAAGUACAGUAUCAGGUACCAAGCGGUGCAGGGAGAGGACACGGAGACCCAUGAGGUGAAGGACAUUCCACCGAAGACCACGCAGAUGCGGCUAGAGGCACUGGCGAAAUGGACUGAGUACCGGGUGACGGUAGUCGCACACACGGUGGUGGGACCAGGCCCAGAGAGCGCACCUGUAAUCACUCGCACAGAUGAAGAUGUGCCGAGUGCUCCCCCUCGCAAAGUGGAGGUUGCAGCAUUAAACUCCACUGCCUUGAAGGUAAUGUGGCGGUCUCCUGUACCAAACAAGCAACAUGGCCAGAUCCGGGGCUACCAGGUUCACUAUGUGGAAGUGGUGGAUGAAGAGGCCAGGGGACGGCCACUGAUAAGGGAUAUCAUGCUGACCGAUGCUCAGUGGGAGACUGACGACACUGCAGAAUAUGAGAUGAUCAUCGCUGGGCUGCAGCCAGAAACAACAUAUUCCAUCACUGUGGCAGCCUACACAACCAAAGGCGAUGGUGUACGCAGCAGGCCGAAGCUCGUGGUGACCAAAGGUUCAGUCCCCAACAGACCCACACUCUCAGUCCGUCUCAUGCAAGACAACUCAGUCGUGUUAGAAUGGCAGGCUCCUUCGGAAGCAUUUGGUCGAGUCCUUGGCUAUCAGCUUCGGUUAGGGCGUACGGAUGUAUUGCCCCUGACGACACUGGAGUUCUCGGAGCACGAGGAUCACUACAUGGUCCGCAGCCUGCACAAAGGUGCCACCUACGCAUUCAGGUUGGCCGCCCGCAACGGCGCUGGUGUCGGGGUGGAGGACGUUAAGCAGCUCGCUCUCCCAGAGGACGUGCCCAAAGGCUACCCGCAGAUCCUGGACUUGCCAAAUGUCACCACCUCAUCCCUUCAGUUUGCCUGGCAGCCCCCAGUCUUGGCAGAAAGGAACGGCGUCAUCACUUCAUACACUGUCUCCUGGAGACAGUCAGGUGCCCAGAGCAGUCCCACCGAAGUGUCCACCACAUCCUCCCAGUCUAGCCUCACAUUGGACAGCCUUAAACCGGAUACCAGUUAUGACAUUAAAGUCAGGGCACAAACCAAUAAAGGCCCUGGCCCUUACAGUCCUGCUGUUCAGUAUCGGACCAUGCCACUGGAUCAAGCAGUUUUCCCUAAAAAUUUCCGAGUAAAGCUUGCCAUGAAGACCUCUGUGUUGCUUAGCUGGGAGAUUCCGGAGCACUACAACUCUCCCAUUCCAUACAAGAUCCAGUAUAAAAAUGGCCAGGUGGUCGAGGUGGAUGGGCGAGCCACCAAGAAGCUGAUCACCAACCUUGAACCGGACAAGGAGUACUCCUUCGUGCUGACGAAGCGCGGCAACACGGUGGGUGGGCUGCAGCAAACGGUGUCCGCUCGCACUGCCCCAGCCAUCCUGGGCACCAAGCCGUACUUCAUCAAGAAGGUGGAGCCCGACGGGACCCUCUUGGUCCGGAUGCCAGAGGUGGAGACGGUGACCCCAGUCAUAGCCUAUUACAUUGUCGUGGUUCCGCUGAAGAAAUCUCGUGGCAAGUUUAUCAACACCUGGCACAGCCCCGACGAGAUGGAUCUGGAAGAGCUCCUCCAGGACCUGAUGAGGCGCCGGCGCAGAAGCCUCCGUUCCCGCCGGCAACUAGGCCACACCAAGCCCUACAUCGCUGGGUCCUUUGACGUUCUCCCGCAGGAGUUCAUUCUUGGUGACCAACGAUUUUAUGGUGGGUUUGAGAACAAACCACUAGAGGAGGGCAACAAAUACGUGUUCUUCAUCCUGGGCGUCCUGGACAUUCCAGAAGCGAAGAUGUUUGCAGCAAGCCCCUACUCUGAUCCCAUCCUGUCAGCAGACCCCGACCCACAGCCUAUAAUCGAUGGAGAAGAGGGUCUCAUCUGGGUGGUGGGCCCGGUGCUGGCGGUUGUCUUCAUCAUCUGCAUUGUAAUUGCCAUCCUACUCUACAAAAACAAGCCCGACAGAAAACGCAAAGAAAGUGAUCCCAGGACCAAGUGUCUUCUCAACAAUGCUGAAGUGCCAUCCCAUCAUCCCAUGGACCCGGUCGAAAUGAGACGCAUCAACUUUCAGACGCCAGAAUCUGUUGUCAGCAGUCCCCUCAGUGAACCCGAAUUUGCAAGCAUGAUGAGUCACCCACCAAUUCCCAUCACAGAGCUCGCUGAACACACGGAGCAUUUGAAAGCAAACGACAACCUGAAGUUUUCACAGGAGUACGAGUCAAUUGAUCCGGGUCAGCAGUUUACAUGGGAACACUCAAACAUGGAGGUGAACAAACCCAAAAACCGCUACGCCAACGUGAUUGCCUAUGACCAUUCCAGAGUUAUCUUGGCACCGAUCGAGGGUAUCUCGGGCAGUGAUUACAUUAAUGCAAACUACAUCGAUGGCUAUCGGAAGCAGAAUGCCUACAUCGCCACACAGGGACCACUCCCAGAGACGUUUGGGGAUUUCUGGAGGAUGGUCUGGGAGCAGAGAAGCGCAACCAUCGUCAUGAUGACAAAACUGGAAGAAAAAUCUCGGGUGAAGUGCGACCAAUACUGGCCCAGCCGAGGGACAGAUACCUACGGAAUGAUACAGGUGACUCUGUUGGACACCAUUGAGUUGGCCACCUUCUGUGUUCGAAAUUUCUGCCUACACAAGAACGGCUCCAGUGAGAAGAGGGAGGUGCGCCAGUUUCAGUUCACAGCUUGGCCUGAUCAUGGCGUUCCAGAAUAUCCCACUCCCUUCCUAGCUUUCCUAAGAAGAGUGAAAACCUGCAAUCCUCCAGAUGCCGGCCCCGUGGUGGUACACUGCAGUGCUGGGGUUGGUCGGACUGGCUGCUUCAUCGUCAUCGACGCCAUGCUAGAGAGAAUAAAACACGAGAAGACGGUUGACAUCUAUGGCCAUGUGACGCUGAUGAGAUCUCAACGGAACUACAUGGUACAGACAGAGGACCAGUACAUUUUUAUCCAUGAUGCACUGCUGGAAGCAGUGGCUUGUGGGACCACUGAGGUGAUGGCCAGGAAUUUGUACUCUUACAUUCAGAAACUCACCCAAGUUGAGACAGGGGAGCACGUCACAGGCAUGGAGCUCGAGUUCAAGCGCCUGGCCAAUUCCAAAGCUCACACGUCCAGAUUCAUAAGUGCCAACCUUCCGUGUAAUAAGUUCAAGAACCGCCUGGUCAACAUCAUGCCGUACGAGACGACGAGGGUUUGUCUACAGCCAAUUCGCGGAGUGGAGGGCUCCGACUACAUCAAUGCUAGCUUUAUCGAUGGAUACAGGCAACAGAAGGCAUACAUUGCCACGCAGGGUCCUUUAGCAGAGACCACAGAGGACUUCUGGAGAAUGUUGUGGGAGAACAACUCUACCAUCGUUGUCAUGCUCACUAAACUGCGAGAAAUGGGUCGCGAGAAGUGUCACCAGUACUGGCCGGCUGAGCGAUCCGCCAGGUAUCAGUACUUUGUUGUGGACCCGAUGGCAGAGUACAACAUGCCGCAAUACAUCCUCCGUGAGUUCAAAGUCACAGAUGCAAGGGAUGGUCAGUCACGAACUGUCCGACAGUUCCAGUUUACAGACUGGCCAGAACAAGGAGUGCCAAAAUCCGGUGAGGGCUUCAUCGACUUUAUUGGGCAAGUGCAUAAAACCAAGGAACAGUUUGGCCAAGACGGUCCCAUCUCAGUUCACUGCAGUGCUGGAGUUGGCAGGACUGGGGUCUUUAUUACACUCAGCAUCGUCUUGGAAAGAAUGAGGUACGAAGGGGUAGUGGACAUUUUCCAGACUGUCAAGAUGCUCCGAACACAGCGGCCAGCCAUGGUGCAGACAGAGGAUGAAUAUCAGUUCUGCUAUCAAGCGGCAUUGGAGUACCUUGGGAGUUUUGAUCAUUAUGCAACGUAAAAAGCCAUUGACCAGCAAACUCAACAGGCCACAAUGGACACGGAGCACCUCUUCUGAGCCAUAUAGCGUGCUUGAAAAGUACUUUAAUUCUAACCACCGCCAGGGGAAGAUAUUUCAGAUGGACCCUUAGGGAACUCAAUGUUGUAACCCAGAAGAGAAGAAGGACCCUGGUCUGUUGGGGAAUCAUCUUAAUUGUUGGACAAGUCCUACUUACCUCAAGUGUUCAACUGUGGUGAACUGGAUCUGGAUUUACUCUAUGGACUGUCUGAUGAAAUAUCAAGGACUCACAAGCAAAAGUCAUUCAAAAAGUGGAUGAGGGGAAAAUAUGAAAAGAUGGGAACCUGUCUUUGGUUACAUCAUUAGAGUUCUGCUUGCUUAAAAAAAAAUCCUUUUAUUAAUCAAAGCUGUGGAAAAGCAUUGAAGGAUUCUGCUCACAAAACCACAUUUACUGCUGAUGCCCUUUCUGAUUGGGUUGUCUACUGUGUAGUCAUUAUGGUCCAUAUUUUGUUUUGUCCCUCUGGUAUAGCCCCCGGGCCAUGCUUCAUCUAAGCAUGCUCUUCAUCUGUGCCUUCUCUUUGCAUCGGAUCCCAUUGUGAACAUUGGGGUAUUUUCAUGAAUAUGUCCCAUUCUUGUAUUAUUUUAGCGAGAGGACACGAAGAAGCUGCACAUAGGGAAGGCUGUCAGUUUUAUCUGAUUGUGGCCACCUUUCGAGAGAUGCAUAAGAUUGGAAACAUGAGAGAACUUUUCCCUUCAGUCUAGUUGAAACUCUGAGGCAGGUAUAAAGACAUCACCUCAGUUGGUGGCUCCCAGAUACCGGAAGUGCAAGGGGUUCUUUCAGUGACACGCAAUGGACUUUGGUCUGAGAAAGCAAAGGAAGAGUCAUUCUGUAGUGCAGUCAUUUUGUUUGGGCGGAAAAUAACUUAUAAAAGAUCCUUUCUUUUUAAUAAGAAUGAGGGAUUGUGAAAGUAUGAGUCAGUUAAGAGGAGAGUAGAAAGUAAUGCAAAACAAGGAAAAAAUAAAUUAGAAAGAAUAUGUUAUAUUUAUAGGUAAAACAUAGGGUAUAAAGAAGGGUCUCCCCCCUGAAACGUCACUUAUUCCUUUUCCCCAGAUUUUCAGCCUGACCCGUUGAGUUACUCUAGCUUUUUGUGUCUGUCUUCGGUUUAAACCAGCAUCUGUAGUUCCUCCCUAUAUUUAUAGGUUCCAGCCUGAAGCAUCCCUUGAUCAUAAGUAUAAACUGAGUCUUUCAUCCAUCUGGUAAAUAAGCCAAGUGAGAAUGAUGUAAUUUUCAUCUGAGGUUUAAAAAUAGCGAGUGUUGCAUGAGAGCCAAACACAUUGGCACUCUUCUAAUUGUUGGGGCAGGAGCUGUUGAAGAGUUUUAAUCAAUUUUCAUCACAGUAUUUGCUUAGGCAUUCUGUUCUUGGUUGUCUGGGGCCUGCCCUUCCACUGAUGGGAUGUCAUCAGUGAGAUCCAUAAACACAAAUGCUGGCACUAUUUAACACCCUGUUCGCAUUGUUAUGAUGCAAUAAGGCUUCCAAUUGUCCUUGCCUGGAAGAGAGAGUGGAAUUUGGCUCGACCAAUGCCUCCUCUAGUUGGGUAAAAAAGUAGUUGGAUUUUAACAAAAUAUUGUAAAACAUAGAAAACCAAAACAUGAAACACAUUUUAGUUGAAUGAUUUGUGUAAUGCUUUUGAAGCAAUUAUGUUUUUUGGGGCUAUUUUAGCCAUACCACGGUGCUCUCCACUACUACCUAUUUACCUUCGCUGCCCAUAGCCUUGCAUCACAAGCUCUGUGGAUGGCUGGCACCCUUCAUCCAAUCUCAUCAGUAUCUUU